AUUGCACUGGUUUGAGACCCAGAUUUCCACCUGGCCUUCCCUGCUUUCUCCACUUCCGUGUCCAUCUCUCCCCUGUGGCCACUGCUGGCUCUCUGUGGACUGAGAAUCCGCAUCAUUGAGGGGCCCAACCCAGUGAGUCUCCCUGGACCCUACAGGAGCGUGUGGCCUGGUUAGGGGGUGGCAGUGGUGUGUGUGGGAGGGGGGCAUUUCUGAGGUAUUUGUCUAGUGACAAUAUUGGCCAGCCCCCCACUCUCCCAGCCAGGCCCCUUUAUUCUCUCUCCCCAGCCCCUGGGAGCAGGCUGGUAUGACUUGUCUCCCUAACCGGGGAAUGGAGUGGGAGGGCAGGUCCCACCAACCAGCUGGGGUGAGGAAGGCAGACAGUCUGCUACUCUCCAAAUCCCCUUUCUCUUGCCCUUGCUGUCCUCCUCCCCCUGGCAGCAGACACCAUCUUAAUUGGUGCAUCAAACAGGCCCUCUGGUUUAUUCCACUCUCCUGUCUGCCUGCGUCUCUCCAGGCCAUGCUCUCAUUGCUGUGCACGUUGGCUGAGCGAGAAAAGUGGGGCGAGAUCAUGCAGCAGUUGUAACAGCCCAUCCUGCCGGGCUGGCAGUCCCUCCCAGCAAGAGUAACAAAGGCAGGAGGAAGUGGCUCAUGCACUUGUGAGGUCACCUCCCAAGGAGAGCAAGCAUCUGGGCUCUCCCUGGAGCCCUGGGGACCAAUGCGGGGAGGCCUGGAGCACACAGGAGGUUGUGGCUUGGGCGUAGGGUUGCCAGUGGUCACUUAUUGCAAGGGACAUCCCUUUUGUCAUCUCUGGGCAACAAGGUUGGGAGUUGCUGAGUGCUGCAAAGAGCAGCAAGAAAUCCCCCUGGCAAGUGUAGAACGAUGUGCUGAUGAUGCAGGAGGCCAAGCAUGAGUGCUAUGGGACGUGGUACCUGCCUGCCGGGAGGAUGGAGCCCAAUGAGACCAUCCUGGAGGCCAUGAAGAGGGAGGUGAAGGAGGAGACAGGGCUGGAGUGUGAGCCCCUCACUCUGCUGGCAGUAGAAGAGAGAGGCCCCAUCUGGAUUCGCUUUGUCUUCCUCGCUCGGCCAACUGGUGGGACCUUGAAGGCACCCCAGGAUGCAGAUGCUGAAUCCCUCCAAGCCAGGUGGUGGGACAGAGAAUCUCCUGCCCUUCCUCUGCGAGCCCGGGACAUCCUGCCCCUUAUGGACCUUGCUGUGCGAUAUCGAGACAGCCCGUCCCACCCAAUGACCUUGCCGGAGGAGAUGCCCUGUGCCUUGAUCUGCCAGAGGCUCCUGGCUACGUUCACCAAUGGUGCCGGUGACUUGUGGGUGCUGCUGAGUGCUGUAGGGGCCCCGCACCUGCCGGUGUCUGCCCGCACCACCUCCCCCUGCAAAAUCCAAAACAGCAUCCAGGCGGCAGCGUGCAGGCUGCUGAAGGAAUGCUGCCUGCUACCCCAAGUGACUGUCCGGGCCCACGGGGUCCUGGGGCUGCAGCACCUGGGCAAGAAUGCAGGGAAAUCUGACGGCGUUUGCUUCAACGUGCUGCUGACGGUUACGCAGGGUGGCCAGAGCACCCAGGAGACACCACCAGAGCUGCACGGUGAGAGCUUCCAGUGGUGGAAGAUUGAAGAGAGCAGCUUGAGAAGCAGAAUCCUCCAGCGGCUCAGCUCAUCGUCUGUUGUUCCAAUUCACAGCUACUGACACAGGUCCCAUUGAAGCUUGGAUUCAGCGACCUCUCCCUAGGCAUGGGACACGCUCCACCCUGUUACGUCCAUUGGCUGUCCCCACGCAGCCAUCCUGAGGAUGAUGCAUGGCUUCCCCGCAGGGCACGUCCUACCCAGCCGCUGCCACCCGCAGACCUAUUUCCCUUGCACGGUUAUGGAAGGGUGAGUGGAACCCCCUCACUACAUCAAGCUGAGGGGGGCACGCAGCACCACCAUGGGGGGGUGACUUUUCAGGACUUGACCUGAAGUGACCUUUGGGCAGACUGCAGCUCCUAAAGCUGAAGUUCCAGCGUCCGGGGCUCUUCCCUUCCAUGGUACCGCAUGUCCCCGAUGCGGGAUGCAGAGAGCUGGCCAAGGCAGCUUGUUUACAGCUGGAGCCUGGAAAUAAAAAGGGCCGUUUCUCUGUAGUGUUGAAUGUUGUUCCUUGCUGGGAUUAAAGCAGGGCUCUGUUUGGAAGCAUAAUGCAAAGUUUAUUAGACGUGGCAAAUGUGAUGUGGAGAAUGAGUCAGUCAGGCCCGCUGGGCUCGGUUGGAAGGCAGCAGCGCAUUCCUGUUUCUUUUGCUCCCUGCUCUGGGGAUGGGGCUAAGAACACGGUGCCCUCCCAUGCAAAGUACUUUCCGUACAGCCAAGCCUCAUACCCCAGUAAGGCUGAUAGUUCCCCCAACCAAAACAUGGGAAUGCUAAGGCACAAAGAAGGAAGUGACUUGCUUAAACUCUCACAGCUGGUCAGUGGCAGAGCUGGGAAUACAACUCAGGAGUUCCACCUCUUGGUCCUGGGUGUGGAUCUGCUCUGACCUGGAUGGAGCCUGAAGUUUGCUGGACUCUGUAGAGCUUUUAGCUUCACAGCUGGGCAAGCUGCUCUCAUUUUUUUAAAGGGAACCAGAGGCCUCCCUCUGCUGCUGGCCUGAAAGGGGGUUGGACUGUCACGUGAAACAAGCUAUUGGCAGUGGGAGCAGCCCUAUGCAGGAGCAAAUGUUCCAGCAGCUCUAUGGUCAGCUUGAGGUUUUGCUCAGAAACGUAGAGUACAUGUCUUUGUAAAGCUCUAGAGGAGCCCUCAUGCCGCAGGGGACAGCAGGUUCUGCUGGUCUCCAAAACAUGCCUUGAAAGCCAUAGUCCUGGUUCCACCUCCUGCCUGAGCCCUGCUGCGACACUGAGAACCGCACUCUGCCUAGCAACAUAGAAGUGGUUAGCUUUCUCACCCCAAACUCCCAUUCAGCCACAGAAAGCACAGGGCCUUUCAGCUGCCUUGGCAAUUCCACAGGGGAGGGAGACAUACUGACUGAUCAUGCCCCAGUCAGUGCCUGUGAUCCAUGUGCUUUCUCUGCCAUUGCAGCAGGGAUGCUUCCUCCUUUUCCAGAGCAGGCUCCAGAAUAGAGGCUGACAAA